AUGUGGAAAGAAACCGAUGCAUCAUUUGUGUAUCAAGACUCGGAUAGUGAAGUGGAGCCUGCUUCCCCAACCAAAUCCAACCAUAAGCAAAACCUUGAUACCAGCCUCCAUCACAAUGUUGAAGAUCCUCCAUUUCAAUACGACCAAGAGGUGCAUGGUGAUUUUGGGACCACAUCCAUCUUUAAACAAAAGACCAAGACCCAAAAUGAUUUCCUUCGUGACUAUCUGCCAUGGUGUCCAGAAUAUAUCUCCCUGUUGUUGGGGUUAGAACAGUUGACCAAAGAGGGGAUAUGCGACACUUGUGGAGAAGAAGAUGGGUUUAUUUGGUUGAAAGCCCAUGUGUACCUCCCUUUCCACAAUCUCCAAUGGUGGAAUGGGAAGUGUUACCAGUCCACUACCCUGCUAGAUCAAGGUUAUGUAUUAUAUCUUGGUCAUGGAGGGGAGCCAUGCCCCUAUUCAUCAAAGCUGUCGGACUCAUCACCCUGGGCAGACCUUGGGGGGGACUUAAAUGAUGUGUUUAUGGAUGGAGAGGUAGAGGAAGAGACUGUUGAGACUGCUCAUGAGACAAAGUCCAUUGUCACUAAACUGGUCAUUGUUCACUCUACUGGAGUUUACUCCCAUCAUGUAGCUUGGUGCCAGUGUCCUGCUAGCAUCACACAACCUCAAACUGCUUUCAUCUUCAAUGUCUUGGACCACUUUCUCAUAGAUGCACUGGAGUGCAAGACUUCAGCAAUGAGCUUCUAUCAGAAGCUCCGCCGUUUGACUAACAAUGCUUUCCCUGACAAAAUACCGGACCGUUAUUGGGAACUGAUGCGGGUAUCCCGUAUAUGGCGGGAUUUGACUAAUAGGAUACGAUUUGGGUUUGGACAUGACACAGUCAAAUCGCCUGGUCCUGGUGAUUUAGCCCUUUAUUGUCCUGCAUGUCCCCAACCUGGUAUUAACUUGCCAUCUUCUUGGAAAUCUACAUACAAGAACUGGUUGGUUAUGCAGCGAUAUGUUGUGGAUGGUAAUUUUACUGCACAACAUAUGAAUAUGAAGAAUCCGGAGGAAGAUGUUUCCUUGACAGAUGGGGAGGGCUAUAUGGUGACAGAGUUACCUUAUCAAGCUCACCUUAAGGAUUCAAAAGAAGUGAAAGAUAAAUCAUUGUGUAGCAACCACAGAGCUGUCAAUGCUGCAAAUAUUCAAAGGAGUAACCUGAGAGCAACAGGGGUUGGUGCGACCGCCUGUGCUAGACAUGGGUGUUUUGUCCCUCAUUCAGUCAUGGACUUUCAAAAGGGAGAGAGCCACCACCUGUCCAUUCCCGACAAGACAAAGAUAUUGGCUGCUGUUGGCCAGUUUCAUUUGAGCGCACAUAAGCUCCUAUGUUAUCCUAGAUUUGGCCUCCAUUUCGUCAAGGGAGCAGGUCACAUUGAUGGUGAAAUUCUCGAAACCCUGUGGGCCCCUUUCAAUAAGAUUUCACCAACUGCAAGGUCCAUGACAAUGGCUCAUCGACAUGAAGUCUCAGAUGACCAUAUGCAGGAUUCCAAUUGGAAGAAGCUCAUUGGCAUUGGCAAGCCCCCCUCUUCAUGUUAUAGUUGCAACAUUAAUCUGAAAAUGGAUAAAGCACCAACCAUGGCUGAAAUACGUCUCAGGUUAACUGAAAACGAAUUAUCUGAUAAUGGCAGGACUGGGUCAGUCGCCUGGUUAAUUAUGGGAAUAAAUAUUGAAAAUGCUCAAGAUGCCUUGAGAACCUCCAUAAGACAACUGCCGAUGGACCCUACUGCCCAGCAACUAACUGUUGUAGAAGAAACAAGACAGAAGCUCAUGACUCGCAUCAAUAAAUUCAAUGAGGCUGCAGAGGUAAUGACUAAUGGAAUAGAAUUUGAAGCAGGCAAGGGAGUCCCACAGGACGACCUUGAGCUGUGUCUAGAAGAAGAGGGUGACAAGGAAAAUAUGCAAAGUCUUAAUGAUCUGGAGGAAGAGGGUGCUGUGGAUAUUGAGAUCGACACAGACUCGCCUGCAGAGGUCGUUGAGGUGUUGAUGCCUUGUUGGGCACCUUCAGACCAUGGCUUUGACGAUACUCUCUUAAGAUUAAGACAAGAAGAGCUGGAGCUUCGAAGGGGUCAAGCCAAUGACUGUCUAGAAAAGCUUCAUCAAGCCCUUGGUGACAGAUCAGUGGUAUUUUGGGAGAAGAUACACUCGAACAAGGCUGUCCAUCAUCAAGGCAAAAGAUCCAAGCAUGAACUGCACAAGAUAACACUGACUGCAAUGAUCCACUUGGGUGUUGACCAACAUACUCUCGAGGUCUAUCAACCCCUCAACACAAAGGAUCUGGUAGUGAACAAGGACAUCACGGAGGAAAACAGACACAGUCAAUCAUCUGAUAGACUAGCCUGGUUUUGGAGAAUCAAUAAUGUGAGGGACAGUCAGAAGAAUGAGUGGAUGAAUGAGUUUUAUCAAGUCAAUUGGUUAAAAGCCAAAGCAAGAUAUGAUCAAUGGAAUGAAGAGCUACAGUGGAGUGUGAGAGCUCUCAAAAGCACACAGAAGGGUCAUGAAGCAUAUGCAGAGAAGCAGGCUGCUAUGUGGUCAAAAUUUGUGGCAGAAGGUGUUGUAAAUUUUGAAGGGAAGAUGAUUGUGACAGGAUACCUUGGUUUCCAAGUAUGGGAUGGCCACCCAUAUGAGUGGGUGCUGGCCACCCGUAUUGGUGGGGGCGUGGGCCUGGGGUGGCCGGCCCAUGGUUGCCCAGUAUGGGAUGGCCACCCAUAUGAGUGGGUGUGUGAGGCUGGGGCGGCCAGCCCAUGGUUGCCCAGUAGGGGCUGGCCACCCACAUCGCUGGGAGCAUGGGGCCCUACCUACAUGGGUGGCCAGCCCCUACUUGCUAACCAGGGGUCGGCCGUCCCUGUGCCAUGCCCACACCUCCAUGGGUGGUCAAUUCCUACUGUGCAACCAUGGGGGUUGGCCAUUCCAGUCCCACGACCCCACCCAUAUGGGUGGCCAGCCCCUACUGGAAAACCAUGGGGCAGCCAUCCCAGCCCCAAGCUCCCAUCAAUGUGGGUGGCCAUCCCCUACUGGGACACCAUGGGUUGGCUGCCCAGCCUCAAGCUCCCACCCAUAUGGGCAACCAUGGGUCGGCCGCCCCAGCCUCAUGAUCCCACCACAUGGGUGGCCAUCCCAUAUUGGGAAACCAUGGGCCGGCUGCCCUGGUCUCACACCCCCACCAAUACGGGUGGCCAGCACCUACUAAUGGGCAACCAGGGGUUGGCCAUUCCAGUCCCAUACCCCCACCCAUAUGGGUGGCCAGCCCCUACUGGGAAACCAUGGGGCAGCCAUCCCAGCCCCACGAUCCCAGCAAUGUGGGUGGCCAUCCCCUACUAG